AUGCUGUUCCCUCUGAUUGGGAGAUUGGCUAUUACUGAUUAUAUCAUUAUUUUAAUGGUAUAUACAGAAUUCUUCGUUUAUACGUUGGUUUCUUUUGUUCCUCAGAAAUUAAUUAGUGCGACAUCAUGGUUAUUCCAACAGAUAUUCACUUCGAAAACUGUCAUUGAACAAGAUGAUACGAAGGAUCCAAUUGAAGUAUUAUUGAGAACUGCCCCUACCAUUCAUGAAAUGUGUGCUGUCUUCGACAUUCAAGUUCAUGACCAUCUGGUUAGAACUGAAGAUGAUUAUAUUUUGACUUUGCAUAGAAUUCCUCCUGACCCACGCAACUCAAAUGGUAAGGUUGCUUAUCUACAUCAUGGUUUAUUAAUGUGUUCUGAUGUUUGGGUUUGUAAUAUCGAAAGAAAUAAGAAUUUGCCAUUUGUUUUACAUGAUAUGGGUUACGAUGUUUGGAUGGGAAACAACAGGGGUAAUAAGUAUUCUACCGCUCAUUUAUAUAAAUUGCCAAGAUCUCCAAAGUUCUGGGAUUUCUCUAUUGAUGAAUUUGCUUUCUUUGAUAUUCCAAACUCUAUUAAGUUUGUAUUGGAGCAUUGUAAAGUCAAUCAAUUGGUAUGUAUUGGUUUCUCGCAAGGUUCUGCUCAGAUGUUUGCUGCUUUGUCAAUUAAUGAAGAAUUGAAUUCAAAGAUUUCUCAAUUUGUAGCAAUUGCCCCUGCAAUGACUCCACAUGGUUUGCACAAUAGAAUCGUUGACACCUUAGCAAAAUCUACUCCAAAAUUAAUGUAUUUAUUUUUUGGUAGAAACAUCGUUUUACCAUCUGCCACUCUUUGGAGAAGAACUCUGCAUCCAAAAUUAUUUAAUAUGAUGGUUGACAUGGGUAAUGUUUUGUUGUUCAAUUGGACCGCUAAAAAUAUUACUUAUAAGCAAAAGUUUGUUUCUUACUCGAAAUUGUACUCCACAACCUCUGUGAAAUCUAUUGUCCAUUGGUUCCAAAUUUUACGUUCUCAAAAAUUCCAACUGUUUGAAGAACCAGAUGAUAUGUUUAACUCACUUUCAAGACCUUACCGCAUUCCUGUAUUCCCAACUAAAACAAAUAUUAAAGUACCGAUUCUAUUAAUCUAUGGUGGCAUUGAUUCCUUAGUAGAUAUUGAGGUCAUGAAAUCAAAUUUACCAACUAAAAGGGUCUUUGAUAUUAAAGUAGAAGACCAUGAACAUUUGGAUUUAAUAUGGGGACAUGAUGUCGAUAAGUUGGUUAUCGAUAAAGUUAUUAAAUUUAUUGAUUUUUUUACACCAACCCAACAAAGCUUACCAUCUGUUGAACAAAAUGUACCUUCUGUCCAACAAAGACUAAUGGGUCAUAUUGAAGAAGAGGAGAGUUCUGAUGCUACAACUACACAUACAUUGAUGGAAAGGUUGAAUUCUUAUACUGAAUCCGAACACAAGAUCAGUAUCUCAUCCCCAAGGGAGAUAUCUAUUGAAGACAUAGAGAGUUUCAGUAAAUAUGAAAACCCUGUGACGCCAAGAUCUUUUAAGGAAACUACCUCUCCGUUAGCCGAAGUAGUAACGGACAGUAGUAUUGAUGUAAGUACCAGUUCAGCAAUGCUAUAA